AUGCUCCGACGAGGAAGCUUACGAGGCGGAAGCUCAGGCGACCUCCCGUUCACAUGCCGGCGACGAGCGUACUUCAACAAAGUACCAGUCGGUGUUGAUUGUAUUUCAACAGUUUCGUUUUUUUCUUUUGUGCGAUUUUUGGGGCUGAUUUUGGUACAUGUAGUGGGGGCGAGGAUGGCGGAGAUGUGGCGCGCCGGCGGCGACUUCGGCUGUCGGGGAAUUGUUGUGACUGCCCCAAUCGCCGCCGUCGACCCGCACUGGCCCCAAUCGCCGCCGCCCACGGUGUUGGAGGUCAUCUCCCUUACCAAUGCCGUCGACUUUACUCUCGUCUUUGCCCAGCCGUGUCUUCACCAUCUUCUUCCCCCAAGAUAUCAGAGGGCUCGAGGGAAAAAAAUGGUGACAUUUGCCGGCGGUAGCAAUGGCCGAGCGGCGGCGGUGACUGACGUGCCGACAGUGGUUGGUGGCGGCACCACCAGUGCGUGA